CCAUCAAGGAUGCUGUAAUUCCACAACCUCGAUCACAGGACAAGUUGUCUCUUUUUGAAUAUCGGACGGCGAGACGAACAUGGCCCUGGUGGAGGCUGGUCAAAAAUCUUUGAUUUUCGCAGAUUUUUAAUUAAUGCACUCGUGUCUCGUUUAUCAGGAAUUUUAUACUUCCUAGUCUUUGGUAAGCGAGUUUCAAUUUAAUUAUUAGGGUCUGGAUUUUAUCGUGAUCGAUGGAAAUAGAACUUUUUAGUGAAGACUGGACCUUGAAGGCUUUAGGUCGUGAUGGCUCUAACGUAUAUUGAUAUUUUAAAGCGAAUAUCUUUCGCAUUAAAUAAUUACAUUUUUCAGUUUUGCCUGAAACCAAAGCAAGUCAUAUGUUUGGAAGCUUUGUUAAAGGGGAAUGAUGUGGUGGCAGUUCUGCCUACUGGAUUUGGAGAAUCAAUUAUUUUUCAUUUACUUGCUGAUCUCUUCCCAGUUAAAAAUGAAAAGAAUAUUGUUUUGGUCAUCAGCCCUUUAACUUCCAUUAUAAAUGAUCAGGUGAAAUACUUGAAUGGGAUUGGUUUUUCUGCUGCUGUAUUGAACUUGGAACAGAGGAAGUUUGAGGCAGAUGAGAGCUUGUUUGGAAGUAAUGAUGCAGUGGAGGACGACCAUGAUGGUACAAAUAUUACAAUUGAUUGUGGUAUUAAAAACGGAGAUAUUAAGAUUUUAUUUGCCCAUCCAGAAUCCUUUUUAUCUGAUCAAGGGCGUUCAAUUUUAAAGAGCAAAAUUUAUCAACAAAAUGUGGUAGCUUGCGUGGUUGAUGAAGCGCAUUGUGUUGAAAUGUGGGGUGCUGAAUUUCGUGAAGAUUUUGGAAAAUUAUGCACACUGAAAGCUCUUUUUCCAAGCACACCCAUGAUUGCUUUGACAGCAACUGCACCCCCAAGCAAAAUAAAAAAUUUAAAAGAGAAACUAUGUUUCAGUCCUUAUUGUAAAAGGUUGUUGUUGCAAAUCCAAAUAGAAAAAAUAUAUUUUUAA